AUGGUUAAUAAAUUGGCUGCCAAAAAAGAAGAUAAAGUAACCCGGUCGGCCAAUCAAAGGCCGCAUCGAUCAGUGUACUUGUGUGCACGAGCUUGGAUCUGUCGAUUUCUCGGUCCGAGUAACCAGAAGGUAAAGGAUUCAAUCCGGACUUCUUCUUCUUCCACAACCGUGUAUGCGUGGGCGACGGGUAAGGAGGGUACUGUUAGCAUACUAAGUGAGUCUUCACGGCUAGCAGCUGCUGCUACAGCCGCGGAGAUUCUCUCCAUUCACAUCACUGGAUAG